GGCAAAAAAAAAAAAAAAAAACCAGUGGAGAGACAGAAACUAGAGCCGUAUUAUUGCGUCUUGAAUUUUGCUCUGUGGAUGGUUCCGAUUCUCUAGAAUUAUAUAUUUUUUUAAGAUAUUGGUGAGUUCGUCGACUCGCGUUUCAGAGACUUGGAAGUUGUAUCUGCUGAUUGAGAAGAAAAUCGAGAAGAGGAAAUGUGGGGAUAUGGGGGAAGGUACUAUUGGGGGAGAAAAGAAAGGAAAAGAGAAGGAAUAGCAGUGCUGUUUGCUUGGAUGUCGAGCGAAGAGAGGCACUUGAAGAACUAUGUAGAGCUCUACUCGUCUCUGGGAUGGAAUUCACUUGUUUGUCACUCUCAAUUCCUCAAUAUGUUUUUCCCAGACAAAGCUGAAGCUUUAGCAUUUGAUAUUCUCAACAGAAUUGUUGAGGAACUAAAGACGAGGCCUUGCCCUCUGGUCUUCAUGUCUUUUUCUGGAGGUCCAAAAGCCUGUAUGUACAAGGUUCUUCAGAUCAUUGAGGGGAAGUGUAAAUUACAACUGAAUUUGGAUGAUCGCCGACUGGUUAGGGACUGUAUUUCGGGCCAUAUCUAUGAUUCUAGUCCUGUGGAUUUUACAAGUGUUCUGGGGAGAGAGUUUAUUGUUCACCCAUCUGUUCUUAAAAUGUCUCGUCCACCAAAAGUCCUAUCAUGGAUGGUAAACAGCAUUUCUGAUUGUCUUGAUGCUCUCUUCCUCAACAAAUUUGAAUCACAACGUGCUGAGUAUUGGCAGACACUAUACUCAUCUGUUAGUAUGGGGGCUCCAUAUCUCAUUGUCUGUUCAGAAAGUGACGAUCUUGCUUCAUAUCAAGUUAUUUGCAAUUUCAGUCAAAGACUGCAAGAACUUGGGGCUGAUGUAAAACUUGUGACAAUGAGUGGCUCUCCUCAUGUAGGUCAUUUUCGACUUUAUCCAUUUGACUACAAGGCUGCUGUGACUGAACUCCUCGGUAAGGCAGCUGCAGUUUACUCACAAAGAAUUCGACGACUUGAAGGAGAAAGAUUGGGUGUAGAGGGGACGCAUGAUGAGAUCUCGGAACCAAUUGGCGAUCUGAGGAAAGCAGUAGAAAGUCCAAACCAGAGCUUUUGUGGAGUUACUAUCCAACCAAGUGACAAUUUCUUCAUGCCAAGCUCAGUGGGCUAUUAUGAGGGUAGAGAUAUGGGUUCCUUGCAAGAUGAACACAAGGAAGAUUUGAUUCAUUUGCAUAACCCUCCGCGUAUUAACGCUCAUGGUGUUCUUGGUCAAGUACUUUUCGACGUAUGUGUUCCAAAGACCGUUGAAGAUUGGGAUAUUAAGUCAUCAGCAUCAUUAAGUAGACAGCCAUAUAGUUCUACCCGAAGGCAUGCUCCAUUUAAUCCCAUCAAAUGCAUACUCCGUUCAAGACUGUAAUCUCUCACUGCGAUUUCCCUAUGAAGGCUAAUAAUCAUGUGAAUACGCGGGAUUUGAACCUGCUUGAAGGACUUGGCUUAGAGUAUCUCAAAGAGGAAAUGCUUUAUAUCAAACCUAACAUGAAAUUCCCAAGAAAUAAACCUGCUAGCGAAAAGGAACUUGAGAUGUGGUAACUGUAAUAACUGGUAUUGGUCUUCUGUAGGCAAUAAUGAAAUCGUUGCCAUUACUUGAAAUGCUGACCUUUCUUCUUCUAA